UUUGUGUUGAAAAGUGGUUUUGGAAUCAUAAAUAUGGUCGAAUUAAUGGUUCGAUUAGAAGUGCUCAUUUAGAGGAAAUUAAUCAUGUGAAAGGAGAGAAAUUAAAGUGGCCGAAGAACCGAAAUCGGCUUAGGCCGUGGCGUCUUCAACUGGUACUGUUGCAAUCGCAAAGGAUGAAGUCAACACAAGCAAAACAAUAACUCCUCUGAUCUAACUCAAAUUAUCAAGAUGAGCACGUUUUGUGGUCGAAUGAGAGAAUAUCGACAGGUGUCGAUCGACAGAUUUGAUAAAGACAAUUUAUACUCAACUGUCUACUUUCUGUCUCAUUGUCAUAGAGAUCAUAUGGUUGGAUUGAAUUCAACAGCUUUUAUUAAUAGAAUAUUGACAAAUCCGAACAUAUAUUUAUAUAUGAGUGAUAUAUCUAAGGUUAUUUUAAUGGGAGAUAAUACAUAUGACUUUAAAGCUCUUGAACCUCAAAUAAGAAUAUUAGAGAAAUCAACUAAUACUGUCUCCAUACCAUGUAAUACACUGAGUGGAAAGCCUAAACUAGUGAGUGUUACACCAUUGCCGGCUGGUCAUUGUCCUGGUUCUGUCAUGUUUUUAUUUGAAGGAGAUGAAGGAACAGUCUUAUAUACAGGUGAUUUUCGUUGGGAAAAAAAUCAUGCUGCUAAUAUGCCUGCUUUACGCAAUGAAUUGGGAGUAAAACACAUCAAGAGUUUAUAUGUUGAUACAACAUUCUGUACACCCAGUGCCUGCCAUUUUCCUAGUCGAGCUCAAUGUGUUGAUGUCACUGUUCGUUUAGUGGAAGAAUGGCUCAAUAGAUCCAAAAGCCAUUUUGUUUAUGUGGCAUCACCAACAAAUUAUGGUCACGAACAUCUUCAAGUACAAAUAUAUAAACAUACCAAACAUCAGAUUCAUGCUUCUGAUUGGAAAUAUUCCAUGUACAGCCAAAUACAAGAUCUAGCAGAUGCAUUUACUACAGAUCCUAAUACUAGAAUACAUGCCUGUGGUAUUAAGAGAACACACCAUUCGAAAUCCCGAUUGCCAUGUGGUCAUUUAUUUGAUACAGAAGAUGAAGAGUUAAAACUACUGGUAAUACGACCAUCCACCAUGUGGUUUACAAUGUCAACAGUUCGAUCAGAAAAACUUGUGGAAGAACCAAUGAAAUGGUAUCAACCUCACCGUGUGUGCUACUCCUUCCAUUCUUCCUUCAGUGAGAUAAAAGAUUUAGUCAGCUAUCUGAAUCCAGAUGCGGUUUAUCCUAAUGUUAUACCAGCACAAGAACCAGAUGAACAAAUGGUCCAAGCUAGACUUAAUUCUUUCUUGCGAAAGGAAGACAAAUUAUUACCAGAAGAUGAUAAUGCACGUCCAUUGGGUAAUUUAAAAAGAAAAAAAUCUGUCACCACUAGAAUAUCUUCCAGUUUAAGCGACAAUGAAGAUUUAGUGUUUGACAGUCCAGUAAAAUCAAAAAGACUCAAAACUAUGUGCAAAGUGGCACAGAUGCCAGAAAAGGUGGCUGCACCUAAUUUCAGUUCUCUCACAGAUUUUCAAGCAUCCCAGUUGAUCUCACCUGCUAAAAGUGAUCAGAGUCAUGCUGAUAGUUCAUAUCAAGGCAGUGAUGACAGCGGUAGCGAAAUGGAUCUUUUUUCAUCACCUACCAAAGAGCUGAUUGAUGAAGAGGUAAUAAGUUCGUGGCAAGAAGGAGAAGCCUUGAGGUUGUACAUCAGCAGUGAUGAGGAAAGUGACGAGGAGGAAAUCAGCACAGAACCAGACUGUGAAUCAAGUAAUCAAGUAAAAAAUAAAUGCAGAGUUCAAAAAGAGAGCAUAGAUAUUGAAAAGCAAGUACAAUCGUAUAGAAUGAAUCAAAAUUCUCGGAGUAAUGAUGAAAGAGGCUCUAUUGAAAGUGGUGUUGAAUAUAUUCUAGACAAAGUGCUUAGUUCAAUUGAAGAAAUCUCUAGUCUGAAAGGGAAUCUUGCUUCAGAUCCUCAAACUUUAGACCCUCAAGUAAAGACUGUGAAACAUGAGAAACCUUAUGCAGUGGAACAAAUGAAUGAUGAGAUGUCUGAUACGGAAAAUGGCAGUUUUGAUCUGUUUGAUGACGAUGAAGAUCUCAAAUAUAAGGUGAAAGCCUCUACUUCAAAACAGGUCAGUAACAUAGAAAAUGGAACAGAAUUAAUAGAUAACUCACAUCUGCCCCCAAAACAAUUAACCAAUUUAAAAGUCAACAGUUAUGAACCGAAAGUUGAUGUUCAACCAUCUUCUUCAAAUCAAAUUGACAAUAAUGUAGAUAAAAUCAAAUUUUGUGUGAAAACUGAAAAUCAAAAUGUAUUUCAAGGAAUUGAAAUAAUUGAAAAAGAAAAACCACAUCUUCAAAAUCAUUGUUUUGAAAAAUCUGAAGACAACAAUCAUACCUCUUCGUCAAAGGCAGCGGACAAAAGUAAAGAAUCUUUCAAAAUAAAAGACAGAUUAAGCAUACAUUUACAAAAAGAAAAAAUUGAACUAAAAGACAUCAAACGAGAUACACUUCAAACUAAUUCAAUUUUUGAUACAUUCCACGAUCAUAGGGGUCAAGAAAUAAAUGUUAAAAGAUUUGUAAAUACCGAAGACAAAUUUGCCACAAAUUUUGUCGCUUUACGUCCUAUUAAGACAGAUUUGCUUUUUGGUAAACAGACUUUACAGAACAAUGAUGGCAGUGAAAUGAUCAUUAUUUCUGAUGAUGAAAGUAUUCAGUCGAGUAUUAUCGUAGAAUCAGAUGAUGAAAGUGACCACUCAGAUAUAUCCUUUGAUUCGUAUGAUCAAAAUAAUGCAGAAGCCUAUAAAAGUAGUCGAUCAUGUAGUAGGUCGCCAUCCAUUUUGAAAAAUUCAGAGACCACUUGCGUGGAAGAUAUUUCCAAUGUGGCUGUUGAAUCUGAUAGUGACGUUACACUCCCUCCUAGUCAGAAUAGUUUUAAUCCAAGUAUAUUAAAUGGUGCUGAUACAGGUAGCAUCUCUCAGUCAGACUCUAGCGAUAGUGAGGUUGAAAUUUUAUACGAAGACAAAAUAAACAGGAAAGAGAGCAACAAAACAGUUUUAAAAUAUGCAUCUCCUGUUAUUAGACAUCAUAACAAAAACUUAUCUGAUUGUCAGUUGAUUGAUAAUGAUGAUGAUAAUGAUGUUAUAGAUUUGACUGAAGACUCUCAAAGAUACUGAAUCCAUACAUGUAUCUAUAAAUAUCAUCAUACAUGUAUCUUUAAAUGGCAUCAUCAUCAUACAUGUAUCUAUAAAUAGCAUCAUCAUCAUACAUGUAUCUAUAAAUAUCAUCAUACAUGUAUCUAUAAAUAGCAUCAUCAUCAUACAUGUAUCUAUAAAUAUCAUCAUACAUGUAUCUAUAAAUAGCAUCAUCAUCAUACAUAUUGCUAUAAAUAUCAUAUUUAAAUGAAAAGCUCUGUUGUAAAAUACAAAUACCAAAUUAUGAGGGAAAAAAUUGCAACGAAAAUAUGAUUAAAUUCUGCAUAAUGAAUUUUUUUGCUUUUACAAAUGAAUUAAAUUGAACCCAUGUAAAAUAUUUCUUAGGUAUAAGGAAUAUAAAAAUCAUUUUUAAAAAGGGAAGGUCUAACAUUUUAUAUAUUUUUCAAAAAAAGCCAUAGAAAUAUCCUGAGACAUGAACUACAGUUCAAGAGUUUCAGUCUAAAGUCUCCAUAUUCAGAGAAAUUUCUUCAAAAUGUAUUUUCAGAGUUUAUUAUAACCAGACUUUUUCUGGUUUUUAUCAUUAACACUCACUAAAUUUAAGUACUAACAAUAGAUACUGAAAAGUUUUAGACCAUUCUACUAAAGGCGUAAAAUUUCCAUUAUUGUUAUGACACAAAUAUCAACUAACUUCAAUUUUCCAUCAAGGAGAGGAUGUGGUGAAUUCAUAUUUAAUUUGAACCUAAUAGGUCAAUUUUUUUUAUCCAAUAUGAUAUUAAAGAAUGGUGCCAUAAUUCUAUUUACAUGUAUAUAUUGUUAAUUUCAUAUUUCUGAUUCUUGAUUUUAUAUUUCUGAUUUUUGAUUUUAUAUUUCUGGUCCUUGAUUUUGAGUAAUAGUAAUAGUAAUUAAUGAAGUAGUGUUUAAAUUAUAAUAGUAAUAGUAAUGAAUUGUUGAUUAAUUGAAUUUUGAUUCAAGUAUGUAUAUAUAUAUAUUUACAAUAUAUCAUAAUUUUAUAGUCUUGUUCAAUUUUAUUAGGGUAAUAAGAUUUUUAUUUUAAAAUUAAAAUUUUAAUUACAAAUAAAUAUUCAUAUAAUUGAAGUGUUAACUUUAAUUAAUUGUUAUUUGUUAUUAUUAAUGUAAUAUUUAUGUAUAUAAUUAAUUUAUGUAUAUGAAUCAAUAGCACACAUGUAUAUGUAUCAGUAAUUAGAUGUUAGUUUCCCUCUGUUUAUUCAGUGGGGACUCCCUUUAAGAUUUCAAAAGACAUGUUUAAGAAACACGUGUUUGAGGCCUGUACCUUUGGCCUUGGUUAGACUACAAACCAAAUAUCUGUAUAACUAAAGCCUUUCAAUGGAAUUUUCUGUAUCAUGGGUUUUAUUGGUACGUUGCAUGCACCCGUGUUGACCAGUCACAACUUCCAGUAGAUAUUAAAAGAGCCUUUUAAAGAAAUGUCAUUAGACCAAGAUGAAGUGGUCAAGCUUGUUUUUAACCAUCCAAAAUACAAAACAUAAUGUUGAUAUAGUUUUUACAUAUCGUGAUAAAUAUUGCACUUCUUCACAAACUACAGAUGUUUUUGGGAAAUUACACACUAAAGCACUAUUUAAGCCAUUGUAUUGGCUAACAAGUGAAUAUGUUUUUUGGAGCUCUUAAGGGGGGUUGGAUGGCUGAAUGGUUAGCGUGCGCACGCUGUAUCAUAAAGUCUGUCAUUGAGUCGACUGGCGUGGUUUCGAAUCCCCGGUUGUACGUGACAAGGAAUAGGGUCGCCUGUCCAACCUGUCCAACCCCUACGCGCAAGCGAAUUAUGGAAAUAAAAUUGAACCAUAUGUUAGUCCCGAAAUGACCUAGUUUGUGUCGAGUGGACGUUAAACCCCAUUUCUCUCUCUCUCUCUCUGGAGCUCUUAAAAUAUGUAGUCCGAACUGAAAACUAUAAACAAAAUUUAACUUUACAGAGUAAUUGGACCAAUUUGCCUUAUUUGGGAUUUUGAAAUGCACUAAUGGAAUUCUUUUAUGAAUAAAUUUAGGCAUCUAAUGCAUGAUAGUAUAUUGUUAUAUGUGUAUUUCUUGUUAGUAUAUCUUUAUUUUAUUAUUUUAUUUUUAUUAAAAAUAUUACAUACUA